AUGGCACCAAAUCUGACAAUAGAACCUUUUGGAAGUGGCAGAUGUACGGGAGACGACGCUAUCAUAGAUCAUAUUUUAAACGGCUAUAACAAACUGGAAUUGCCGGGUGGUGGACAUGUACGGGUUUCCGUCGAGUUAGACAUCUAUGUAACAGAACGCUGGACAGAUCCUGCACUUGCUUACGCCCACCUAAAUCCGUGCAAAAGUAACAUGUCAGUAGAUGGUCGUACAAUACUAGAAAAGAUAUGGAAUCCACAUGCUUGCUUUGUGAAUAGUAAAUUAGCGAAUAUCCACACGAGCCCGUUCAAAAAUAUCUUCCUCCAAAUCUAUAGCAAUGGCAGUAUAUGGCACAACUACCGUAUCAAACUGACUGGACCAUGUUCGAACACAUUACGAACGUUUCCCAUCGAUCAGCAGAGGUGUAUGUUGUUCUACGAGAGUUUUACACAUAACCAUGACCAGGUGGAGAUGGAAUGGAUUGACACAGUACCGCCUAUUACUAUUUUGAAGGGGAAUAUUACACUGCCUGAUUACGUUUUGGUGGAUUUCUCAGCAAGCAGUGAGUUAAGAGUGAGUUUUAAUUCAUAUUUCAUUAGUAUCAAAUUUUUGUUCUAAAC